AUGGCGCGCCUGGAGCUUGAGCUGGAAGUGGUCAUAUCGAGGCUGGAGAGCUGGAACAAGAGGGCUCCAACGAGGCUAAUGAAUCGACACUCUUCAGGUCCAGAACGCCUCAUCACUCGGCAAGUAGAAUUUACCGUGGAGGCUGUGAUGGCACCAGUAAGUCAUCUCCUAGUCUAUUACGUCACCGACCAGGGUGAACCAAUCAGUGACGUCAUAAGUUUCGAUGUAAAGCUAUUCCAGCGGCAGGUGUCUGUGAAUAUCGAACAAAAAAAAUUUUGGUAUCCUGGACAGGUGAUGGACUUACAAAUUCUUUCUGACCUGGAUUCGUUGGUUUGCCUUGUUGGGGGCAGAGGAGGAGAUUUGCACUCACAGAAAAUGAGUAAGGGGCUAGAGCUGGACUUAAGUGAAGCUGGAGUGAGUUACUUCUGGGAUGACUGCGGUGGAAGACAAGAAGUUAGGCCUGCCCAUCAUGGAGUCCACCACAGUAUUAUGCCUGAAGCAGGACUUGAGCAGCUCUGGUUAUGGCAAUGCUUCAAUUAUACGAGUGACGUUGAAGCAACAGGACUAAGACUGAAGGCCCCUCCAGAGCCAGGAAAGUGGUCACUUGGAGCACUAUCUGUAUCACAGGCAAUGGGACUGAGGUUUUCUUACCCUAUUGUCAUUACCGUCUUUCAGCCAAUUGAUGUGGAGUUCCAUCUGCCAGCAGGUUUCAGGGCAGGAGAGAGCCUUGAAGUAGACAUCAAGAUUGGAAACAAUCUCAAUUCUUGUGUUGAUGUGAAUGCUCUUCUAACACUCAGUGAAGGAGCUCAUUUCCUCGGUAGUAGUCAACCAUUUGUAGCUGAGAAACUGCGUUUAGGUCCGCAUGGAGCAACCAGUUUAGUUGUUAGAGUUGUAGCAACCAGUCCUGGAGUUAAAAAUAUGACCGUUGAAGUAUCAGCAUACAACAGUGAUACUUGCCAGUCCAUGACAACUGAAAAAGGUAGAAACCAUUCUAUGGUAGGAAUAGUGACCAAACAGCAAUCCAUUCUGGUCAGUCCGGAAGGCCUCGUAAAGACACAUAUUGAGAGUGCUUACUUCUGUGCUAAUGAGCAAAUGGUUUUAUCAACUGCUGAAGAAUUCCGUUACGAAUUCAUCCCAGCCCCAAGGAAUAGAGAAGCCAGUGUCUUUGAGGUAAGGGCUGGGAGAGGUCUACACAUUGCAUUGUCUGAAGUCCAAAACAUUUCUCAAAGGAUGUAUCAAGUAGUUAUUGGUGACUUAGAUAACAGUGUUUCAUGGAUUGGCAGAGGAAAACAUGGAUAUUCUGUUCAUUUGAUGACCAAAAGCACACCGCAGAUCCUGUCAAGUGAUGAAUCAAGAACUUUUUGGAUGAGUUGGGACAGAGGAGUACUAUCUUUUGGCAAAGGGCCACAAAUUCAUGAUUCCGUUAUUCUCAAAUGGCGAAUGGAAAAAAAGAUGAAAGUAAAUUUCUUAGGAUUUGCCACUACGUGGGGCCAAGCUGCAGAAAUUAGAGUAUGGAAUUUUAAUGAUGAAGCUGGAUUCUCACAGGUCCUUCACCUUGAUAUACCUAGAUCUGUACUUCCUGGUUCAGAAACAGGAACCCUACUGGUAGCUGGAGGAUUGUCUUUGCCAUCAUUAAAAAUAUCACCAAGACCAUCUCUAUCAGAAUACAGCAGCCUCGCAACGACAAUCUCAAGCAUCGCCCCUUUGAUAGCUCAUGAAGGUUUGAAGAUACACAUAAACAUAACUAAAAAUGGCGAAAGGCAAGAUUUGAUUAAUAGCCUUGGUUCAAAUAUUCAGAAGCUACUCCUAUUUAAAAAGGACGAUAACUCAUUCAGUGACCAUCAUAACAUGACAAGUCUAUGGAGCUCUGUUGAAGUCCUAGAUUUGUUGUCCAGAGUCCAAUCAAUAAUGAGUAUCGAUCCUGGUUUGGUGCAAAAUCUGAAGAAGUGGGUACAAUCCAAUCAAGAAGAAGAUGGCAGCUUCAAACCUCAUUUUAUGGAUAUUACUCCAGACAACAUGACAGGUUGUACAGAUCUGGAGAGGACCAUCUCAACAACUGCAGAUGCUUUGGCAGCACUCAUAAACAUUGGAAUUGAAAAUGAUAAUGAUUCAAAAGUGAUCCUCAAGGCAAAACGUUAUCUCGAAGCUAAUAUCGACAGCACUAUAGAUGGAUGUACCCUAGCAAUGCUAUGCUAUGCUCUUGUUUCUGUGAAGAGUGAAAAAACCGGUGCAGCAUUAGAGAGGCUAAAGAACGCUUCAACGAAUGAAGAAGGAGAUUUUGGUUGGCCAAGACCAAGGGACAACUCAGACUGGUUGUAUGAGGAAGGUAUGGAGCAGAAGAAACAGCCCGUCACUAAUAUGAACUCUCAUCUGAAAGAGUUCAAAGCUUCACUAUAUACUCUAAUGACAUAUACACUAAGGGAUGAUCUUAAGUCAGCAGAACCAGUUGCAAGAUAUCUUUUCUAUAGGGCCAAUAUUCUGGACACACAUACUGAAUUAAUCUUCACAGCAGUAAAAGCAUUCUCACAAUUUGGUUGGCUCGCCCAUGAUCCUAACCGCUGGUUAACUGUGUCACUGGCGACAUCUGGAAUGGAACUUACCGAUACUUUAGAACUAAGGGCAAACUCUUCACCUCAGAUUCUCAAUUUGCCAUCACUUCCGACCAAAGUAUUUGUUUAUGCUACAGGUGCUGGAUGUGCUACUGUACAGGGGCAGAUAAGCUAUGCUACAUACUCAUCUAGUAAGACAACUAAUCUAUUUGAUCUCUGGGCAGGAGUAACAGAAGAAAUAAUGCCAAGAAGGAAUUCAAUACAAGAGCUUGAAGGAAAGCUGCCGCUCUUGAAUAUUAAAACAUGUUUCAAGUGGAAAGGACCAGAAAUCUCCGGUGUUAUAAGACUGGAAGUUCAUCUUUUCUCAGGUUUUGAGCUAUUGUCGGUUGCACCAAAUCAACUUGAUAUUGACUAUGGUUCAAGAGCAGAUAGGGUUUGGUUUGUUGUGUCAAAUGUUACAACACAAUGUGCAGUUUGUAUUGAGUUCACAGCCAAAAGUGAUUAUAUCAUCGGAAGGCUAAGACCAGCUUUUGCGAGAGUUUACCCCUCAGGACGGGCUGAUCUUGCAGCUGAACUUUUUUUCCAUACAAGGCGAGGUUCCCCUCUAUUAUUAGAAACCUCUGAGGAUGACCUCAUAACUUGGUUUGGCAGCAGUAGAGCAGGGGAGUCUGAUGGAAUGAGCUCAGAUUUCUCAGAAAUAUGUGCUUGCGGUCAGGUUUGCUUUGAUACACCAACGUUCAGUGCAACUACCGACUCUGCUAUUGGGCACAGCGAGAGUGAAGAAGUGAAACAGGAAGAUUCAAAUGAUUUCACUGACAUAAUUGUUUUCAGUGACCUACAUGAGAACCUAUCAACAACUGAAGGAGAGCUGAGGACAAUAGAAGAUUUAACUAAUGAACUAGGUUUCAACACAACAACAGGAGGCUUCACAGUUGGCAGUAGCCAUUACACCAAUAUCAACUUGGAUUUCCAAAGUACAGCUGUUACAACAGAAAUUCCAACUACGAAAAAAUCCAUUAUUAUAAAAACAACAACAGUUCCUCCAAAACAUUACUCUAAAUCAAAACAAAAAGACAUUAAGCAAAAGUUAUUAAUGAAAAGCAAAUCCACUCCUCAUAAUUCUCUAAAUGCAGAAAUUCCUGUAGAAUCAAUACUUAAAAAGCCAGAAUUUAAAAGAGAAAAGCAUGUAGACAUGAUUUCUAAUGUCCUUAAUGUUACAGAAUCCACAUUCAGUACCUUGGCCCCAUUUCUGAAUCAUCCUCAUCUCUUGAGUCAGAUCACUGGGGUCAGCAGUGGAAACAAUCAUAUCAUAAUAACAAAUAUUACAGACAGUGAUGAAAUCAUUCCACAACCAAAUGGUGUGUAUGUAAACAGAGAACUGAAAGAACCAACGCUGAAGUCUAUGUUAGAUGUGACAGCAAAGCCAAGUGUCCAGCUAACAGCCGAAGAAGCAAAGGAAAGCAGAGAAUCAAUGCUAGAACAUGGCCAUGAGUCACCUAUGGAAAUAUUGAGGGAAGGGUUAACUGAAGGAUACCAGUCAAAAUCACCGGCUGGUUGAACGUCUCGUUGAUUCUACUUAACUAUUCAUUUACUUCAAUCACUGACAGUUUACCAAGCUGUGAAAGAUAAAGGUGCAACCUGUAACAUUAUAUCUAUAUAUACAUAUAUAAAAUCUUUAUUUAAUUAAUUUCAUUUAGAAAACUACAUUUGAUUAUCCAAAUCCUUAUAUUUUUAAAAGAAGGAAAGAUAUCUAUCUGUUUUCCAAAAUAAUGAGCAUGUUAGUGUUCUUUAACUUUUUUUCAGUCAAUUUUCCAAAGCAAUAUGUAAUGUUAUAACUGAUAGAGCUAAGAUAUUUUGAUAUUGAAAAAGCUUAUAAAUAACCUGUAAGAUAGCACAUUUCACUAAGAUUACCUAUUUUGUGUUAACAUUAAGUUAUGCAUGUUAGAAACUUGUUUUAUUUGCUAAUAUUUCAAUUAAUUUAUUGUAAGGUAUAGUACAAUGAAAUUCAUAUUUUAAUAUAAAUGAAUAUAAUAUAAAGAAUUCAGGUACAGCCAGCUGUAGCUUGCUGUACCAUUUUAAUAUACAGUCACCUGUGACUUAAUGUUUAUAUGUAAAUAUGAAGUAGACAGAAUUUUUAUUCUAAGGGUAGAUAUAUAAACUGUUGAGGACAUGUUCUAGUUAUAUCUUAGAGUUUUAAAAAUAGGACACAUUUCAAGAAGUAUCUUCACGACCUGUCGUCCCUUAUUCGCCCAUCCAUUAAUUGUAGGCAGACUUUACCACAUUUUCAAACUAGUAUAUGUGAAUAAUAGCAAUUGUUGAGGUAUUAUUGCUGUUGGCUAGCUUCUUCAUUUAAAUGUAAGCAAAUUAGACCAGAAAAAGUUUUAGAAUGGUGCUUGCUUUGAUGCGAAAAUCGAUGGCUUUUUUCAGAAAUCAGUUUGUUUUGUCUUUUUUAAUUAAAUUGAAUAAUAAGAAAAUAUUGAUAUAAAUGUGUCAUUUAAAAAACAUUAAACAUUCAAUUUAAAUUAUUUUAAUUUUGCUGUAAAGUACUGAUUAGAGUGAAAAGUCAUCCCAACAGUAAUAGAUGAGUAAGAAAUUUACGUUUGUUACUGAAAUGUGCAGAUUCAAAUUUGUGAUGUAAAUCAUUAUUGAUUGUGAAUGAAGUGAGUGAGUUUAAAGCUAUAAACAGAGAAACAUGAUGGGAUAGAAUGAACGUAAUCCCAAUAUAAAAGCCUUAAGAAAUUAAUCUUAUAGAGUAUAUAUACAUAUACUAAUGGUAUUAUAAAAAUAAUUAUUAAAUAUCUAUUUCUUAAAUGCCAAAUUUGUUUAUAUGGAGGAAAUAUUUAAAAUGAGAAAAAAAAUUAAUAAAAUAAAAAAAAUUACACAUUCAUUUUAAACACCAAUCACUUAUUUUAUUAUUAUUAUUUUAAUGUAACUUUUACACUAUAUUUCACUUUAGUCUAUAUUUCACAUUGUCUGAAAUAGUGGAGUACAACAUGUCUAUAAUUUGUUAUACACUGUGACUAUCAGUGAAUUUCAUAUAUUUUUUUUAAUGGAUUCCUAUUUUUCUAUCAAUAUUUGGUUGUUUGUAUUAUAAAUAGUAUUAUUUUAAACAUGUAUAUAGCAUUUUAGCCUGAGGUGCAAAAAAAUUACCAUCCUUUUCUAUUUGUUUUGGCUCAAUCUUUAAUGAUAAAAAAAAAACUUUGUAUAAAUUUUGAUAGCAGUAUUUUCUCAUAUUGUUUGUUGUGGUUCAUAGAAAAAAUAAAAUAUUUUGAAUAAAUUUCUGAGGUAUAUUUUUACGCUCUUUCAUCAAAAUGAUAUAUAAUUCUUAAAACGAACCUAAUAGCUAUGUAUAUCUUCAUAACCCACUCCACUAAUAUUUAAUUUAGUUCAAAGACCUAAGAAGGUACUCUUAACACACUGAUCUGAUUAAAGUUUUUCCAGAUAUAAAGAAAGGAUGGUGAAUUAUUUUGCCCCUUUGACAAAUAAGUCUAAGUAUUAUUAAACAUACAUUAUAUUACGUUAAGAAAAAUAUCAGAAAAUUAUUGUUCAAAGAUACUUUAUCUUCUCAUAGAAGUGUUUCGUUCGUUAAUUAAAGUGUUAUUUUGUUAUUGAGAGUUGUAAACCACUAUCUCACCAUUAUUUAUAAUCAUGUAUACCUUUAUUAAUGAAACAUGUUUGUUCAUUUGAUAGUAUGCACUUAAACUGUACUUGAAAUUUAAUUCUUUGAAAGCUUUCCAAAAGCUCAGUAAUUUAAUUAUUGUGUACAUAGUUAUAAUAUUCUGAUCCUGAAAAUGCUCAAAUUGCUUUGCUAAAAUUAAUAAAUUUAUUAAUAAGAGAUGACUGUGC